AGGCCUAGGCCUAGGGGCCUACUUCCGGUAUAGGCUAGGCUAAGCCAAGAAGGUAUCCAGGUCAAGCAUUUUAAAGGAAUGGGCGGCUUUUUACUCCAACCCCCAGGAUUUCCAAUCUGACUGUUUCUAAUCAACUGCAGCAGAGAAAAUGAUGACUCCGAAGGAAAAGAUCAAACGACUUGUUGCGUUCAUCUUCGGCUUGAUUGAGUGUCUCCUCCUCGCUGGCUGUAUCUAUGGAUGGGCUGCUAUUGUCUUUGUGUUCAAAGAGGAUGGGGUGUUCAGCCAUUUGUGUGAAAGUUCAGCUCUCGGCAAUUCAACAAAUAUUACUCUGAGUGUUAGGAUUGUGACAAACCUGAAUUCAACCCCUGCCCCUCUUCCACAACACCGCUAUCCUAUGUGCCAAGAGCAGGAUAAUCGUUUGAAUCUGGCAUUUACCAUAGCUAACUUUGCCCUUGAGGGAUCAACGCUAUUUGUAGGAUGGCUUUUUGAUUCCUAUGGCCUGCGAAUCUCAAGACUUCUAGCACUGUCCCUCUUUGUCACUGGGAGUCUCAUGAUGGGCUUUGCAUCAGCUGAAAUCCCAGUCCUAAUAUUCCCCGGCUUGAUUUGCUUUGGUGUCGGCGGUAUAAUGUUCUUGGUGACGAACUUACAGAUCGGUAACUACUUCGAUCGAUUUCAGUUGACGGUUGUAACUAUCUUCAACUCUGCUUUCGACACGUCGUCUGUUACAUUAUUGAUAUUCAAGGUCUUAUAUGAAAAUGGUGCCCAGCGACUUCAUUUGUUCAUAUUCCUGGCCUCGUUUGCAACAGUUAUAGUGUUGACGAGCACUUUCGUGCUGAUCCCCAAGUUUAAGAUCAAACCAAGGAGCCAGGUGAGAGAGGAGAAGAAUGUCGUGUUGUAUAAAAACAAAUCUGAAGAAGUGGAUGUCGGGAGUGGCAAGCUGGAUAAUGCCCUAAUAGAGGACAAAGGCAAAGUCGUCCUUGAAGAGAGAAAGUUAGUGAAGCCACUUCGACACUACGUCUUCACCCGAUUCUACCUUAUCCACCUCAUGUGGCAUGCGUUUAUCCAGUUACGUUUCUUCGUUUAUAUUGGAUCAUUGAAUGUCUGGCUGCAAAUCGUUACCCAAGAUGACCUCACCAUGGUCAGUGCCUUGACCAAUGUCUUCUCCAUCGCACUCAUGUGUGGAAUCCUAGCCGGUCCACUCGAAGGGUUUAUCCUCAUGAUGGAGACCAGGCGAUUAAAACGUGAUAAUAUGACAUACUUUGAUCGAAUUCAACCUGCUGCUGUCCCGCAGAUGUUAUGUACUAUCUUUUGCCUCAUACUGUCUAUACUGGUGCUGGUUCCUAUGGUUGAGUUACUAUACGUUCAAUUCAUCAUGUUGACAAUAUGCCGAGCCUUCCUUUAUGGUCUCAACUGUGCCUACUUGGUCUUGGCGUUCCCACCUGAGCAUUUUGGCAAGUUAUUUGGUAUCCUGAUGACUUUCAAUGGUGUCCUAGGAGCUCUACAAUACCCUCUAUUUAUAUGGUCAUCAGGCCCUCCAAGGGAUCCGACAACGGUCAACAUUCUCAUGCUUGUCCUGACAGUUAUAACCUUUCUUCAACCCAUCCAACUCUGGAUUGGCAACAAGUUCCAGUGCUGUCGAAAAGUACCCGCAGAAGAUGUGAAAUUAGACAACGAAAUUGAGACCUGAACAAACCAAGUUCUUCCGUAACUCUGAAACCAAGUAUAAUAGAUCCUUUCUAUUAAAGGGGGACUAUAGGCAGGAGCUGGGGACCAGAUGGUUCUGUCCAGAUGACUCAUAUUUGCAGUUGGAGACCUGGUUUGUCUUGAUCCUCACACACUAGUGAUCCUCGCACCAGAAUGAAUAGUGCCAUUGUAGGCUACUGCAGAGACACCUAUCAGUGAUUUCAUGAAACUUAAUCUGACCCAUUGCUGCUGUCUGUAGUCCCCUUUAAGAUGAAGCCUACAUGCGCAUGUAUGCACUACAUGAAUGCACCACAUGUAUUUCAGACUCAGGGUAGGACAUAUCUAAAUUUUAUACCCAUGUCAUCUGACUUGAAUGUUUAUGAUACAUAUGACAGUGCUAUCAAUCUAUGGUUCUGACUAUUUUUGUUGAGAAGUUAUAAUUUUCUAACUUCAGAAGUAGUGCCAGUGUUUAGCAAUGCACUUACAAUAUUUUUUGUGUGUGACGUGUUACGUGUUUGUAAUUUUUUGGGAAAUGAGAAGACGUUAGUGGUACAGGUGUGUGUUUUGCUUUUUCAGCAGCGGUGUUGUUAACAUGGUACCAUAUCAGGUGUAGAAUGAACUCGUAUUGUUUAACUGUAACUUUUUAAUGAACUGUUUGUUCAAAUUAUUGAUAUCAUUACCGUCUAACGGAAGUUGUAUGGUACUAUUAUCAAGUACUUACCAUUACCUGUGUUAGCCCUAUUGCAUUAUUGCCGUAGGUAUGGAAUCAUGGCUACUGUCCACCUGUACGUGUGUAAUCCUUUUCUUACCCUGGCAUGGCCACCCAGGUACAAGGCACCAAAGCUUUUAGUCUCAUCCAGCUGACCCUCGAAUAUUCAUUUGUUAUGUUUUGAAGUGCGACUCCAUGUCGUCUUUCUCGGGAUUUUACAUUGUAUGAGGUCAUUUUCAACAUCAUGGCUAACAUAUGUUUUUGGCACCAAAACGUUAGUCCCUUGAACGUCGAAUUUGAAUGCCUGAUGUGCUUUAUGUGGCGAUAUUUCUGUGCAGAAAUCUGUUCAGCUUUGAUAUAUCUCAUUGGUUCUCACAGUAAAUUGUAUUCCGAACGAUUUUAAAUGCUGUCUACUGAAACUUUUAUAUAAGUGUUACGACACAUUAUAAAACAGAUAUCUGGCUAUGUGUAGCCUGUGGAGAAUUUAUGAAAACAAAUGCCAUUAAUUAAAAAAGGAAUGUUUUAAAAUGUUUUAAUUGUGUAGUGCUGUCAUUAUGUCAUUAUUGCUAAAUUGCAUGUGUUUCGCAUUUAUAUAGCUGUUAAGUUGGGAGUAGAAUAAGUGUGGGGGGGGGGGUAUAUCUAAGCUCGGAAUAUGAUGCAUCAUCAGUAUAUCUAAGCUCGGAAUAUGGUGCAUCAUCAGUACAAUCUAAGCUCGGAAUAUGAUGCAUCAUACCUCUAAUCUCAUCAGUACAGUCUAAGCUCGGAAUAUGAUGCAUCAUACCUAUAAUCUCAUCAGUACAAUCUAAGCUCGGAAUAUGAUGCAUCAUACCUAUAAUCUCAUCAGUACAGUCUAAGCCUGGAAUAUGGUGCAUCAUACCUAUAAUCUCAUCAGUACAAUCUAAGCUCGGAAUAUGAUGCAUCAUACCUAUAAUCUCAUCAGUACAAUCUAAGCUCGGAAUAUGGUGCAUCAUACCUAUAAUCUCAUCAGUACAAUCUAAGCUCGGAAUAUGGUGCAUCAUACCUAUAAUCUCAUCAGUACAAUCUGAGCUCGGAAUAUGGUGCAUCAUACCUAUAAUCUCAUCAGUACAAUCUGAGCUCGGAAUAUGGUGCAUCAUACCUAUAAUCUCAUCAGUACAAUCUGAGCUCGGAAUAUGAUGCAUCAUACCUAUAAUCUCAUCAGUACAACCUAAGCUCGGAAUAUGAUGCAUCAUACCUAUAAUCUCAUCAGUACAAUCUAAGCUCGGAAUAUGAUGCAUCAUACUGAUGCACUGGUGUGUGUUCAAGCUCCUUGAUUUGCCCUGAAAGCAUUCUGAACAGACUUAAGAUAUAAUGUAAAGUUUUGAUAUAAUACAUGUACUUAAUGUAAUCAGAUUUAACAAAAGCCUAACUUUAAAGAAUCAGUCCGGUAAAUGUAGUUUUUUGCACAGCAGCCCAAAGGGGUGUGGACAUCUUCUGAAAAAGCCUAGCGGUAGAUCUAAUACAAGAAUUAGUGAGCUCUUCUUCUUUCAUUUUGUCACUAGGUUUAUUUGUAGUUAUUUUUAUGUCUCCCCAUUUCAUGUAGGGAAGCUGUUGAUAUAUUGGUAUAAUAAACGUUUAAUUUUGGUAAAGUUUGAA